ACAGGGCGCGGAGCGCUCCCCGCACGGCCCCGCCCCGCUCCCCGCGGGUGGCGGGAGCGGCCGGGCAGCCCCGGCGGCCGCCGCCUCCUCGUUCCCCGGCUUGGCGCGGGGAAGGACCGCAGCUAGAGGGAGCUGCUCCGGACCGCGUCUGCCCGUGCGCCCCGGUUCUUUCACAGGCUCCCCCGCCCCUUCCCUCCCUCCUCCUUCCCCCGUGAUGGCGGAGGACAGCGAGUCCGCGGCCAGCCAGCAGAGCCUGGAGCUGGAUGACCAGGACACCUGCGGCAUAGACGGCGACAAUGAGGAGGAGACCGAGCACGCCAAGGGAAGUCCUGGCGGGGAUUUGGGAGCGAAGAAGAAGAAAAAGAAGCAGAAGAGAAAAAAGGAGAAACCAAAUUCUGGAGGCACCAAAUCAGAUUCUGCAUCUGACUCCCAGGAAAUUAAAAUUCAACAACCUUCAAAAAAUCCAGCCAUUCCAAUGCAGAAGCUUCAAGACAUCCAGAGAGCAAUGGAGCUGCUCUCUGCAUGCCAAGGCCCAGCAAAGAAUAUUGAUGAGGCUAGCAAACGUAAAUACCAGUUUUGGGACACACAACCUGUACCUAAACUUAAUGAAGUUAUAACUUCACAUGGUGCAAUUGAACCAGAUAAGGACAAUGUCCGCCUAGAGCCAUAUUCUUUGCCACAAGGUUUUAUGUGGGACACAUUGGAUCUUAGCAAUGCUGAAGUUCUGAAGGAGUUAUACACACUAUUAAAUGAGAAUUACGUAGAAGAUGAUGAUAAUAUGUUUAGGUUUGAUUAUUCACCUGAAUUUCUUCUGUGGGCAUUGCGUCCUCCGGGCUGGUUACCGCAAUGGCACUGCGGGGUUAGAGUGUCUUCAAACAAAAAACUGGUAGGAUUCAUAAGUGCCAUCCCUGCAAAUAUUCGUAUUUAUGAAAGUGUGAAGAAAAUGGUAGAAAUCAAUUUUCUGUGUGUCCAUAAGAAACUGAGGUCUAAACGGGUGGCACCUGUAUUGAUUCGGGAAAUAACCAGAAGAGUAAACUUGGAAGGAAUUUUUCAGGCUGUUUACACUGCUGGAGUGGUACUUCCCAAACCUGUGGCCACUUGCAGGUAUUGGCAUCGAUCACUAAAUCCCAGAAAAUUGGUGGAGGUGAAAUUUUCACAUUUGAGUAGAAACAUGACUCUACAAAGAACAAUGAAGCUCUACAGACUUCCUGAUGCCACAAAGACUUCAGGUUUGAGACCAAUGGAACAAAAAGAUACUAAAGCAGUACAAGAAUUAAUCAAUACUUACUUGAAACAGUUUCAUCUUGCUCCUGUGAUGGAUGAAGAAGAGGUGGCUCACUGGUUCCUGCCUCGGGAUCAUAUUAUUGACACUUAUGUGGUGGAGGGUUCAAAUGGUAUUUUAACAGACUUCCUCAGUUUCUACACAUUACCUUCAACAGUGAUGCAUCAUCCUGUUCAUAAAAGCCUCAAAGCUGCCUAUUCCUUUUACAAUAUUCAUACAGAGACUCCCCUGUUGGACUUAAUGAAUGAUGCACUCAUUAUAGCUAAAUUGAAAGGAUUUGAUGUGUUCAAUGCACUAGACUUAAUGGAAAACAAGACAUUCCUGGAAAAACUCAAGUUUGGGAUUGGAGAUGGAAAUUUGCAGUAUUACUUGUACAACUGGAGAUGUCCAGGCAUGGAAUCUGAAAAGGUUGGUCUUGUAUUACAAUGAGAACCCUUAUGUUUCUAGAACUCUUGAGGUCAUCGUUUGAGUUAAUUUGAUCUCCAUAACUCUUGAAAUGGUAUUGUUCAAGAGGAGUAAAAGCACAACGUCAGUGAUACUGAAAUAGUCCAUUAAAGCUGAUCAACGAAGACAUCCACAUGUGACCAAAUUUAUGCAUUUUCAGAUAGAUCAGACGGUUCAUGAAAGUCUCCUAUUGUCCAUGAAAAGAAUAAAAAGCACAUUCAUUUAAGUUUCAAAGCUUAGCUUGCACCUGGAUGAGAAGAAGGUAUUUUUUCCACUCUGUAGAAAAGACUGUUUUGUAUAAACUGAACUUCAGUGGUGGAUUAGGGUACAAAAAUAUUUGCUAUUAUGUGGAUGAACUGCUGCAUUUCUAUUUAUUAAGUGGUGAUGUAUGUAUGUCAGUGUAACAGAAUGAAGGAUACAAACUGGAGUAUCUUUGCUUAUUUACUGAACAUGGAUAUCCUUUGGGGGAAAAUCAUGAAGUAUGAUACCUUUGUAGCUAUAUGAAAGUCCUGGAUGUUUUUGUAACUGGAGCAGUAUGACAGUGUACUGGUUUAACUAGUGCAUUUGUUUCUCCAUAAGCAACGCUGCCAAAUCAAUAAAAAAUACAGAUUUGUACUUUGA